CUCCCGUGGGUCACACAUUAUUUAAUCUUCCGCUUUUUAUUGAGAGCGGAGAGAGUUAUUGCUGACUACGGUUUCUAUUUUUGGUGCAAUUGGGCAAUUCCCGAAUUAUUCAGCCCUUAUAAUGGGCGAAGGCUAAAAACUUCCUUUAAGAUCACUCGUCGACGAGAACAGAGUCAAAAAUGGUGGUCGGUGAAUCAAAUGGCGGGUUCUCUAUCGAAAAUGAAGUUGUUAUUUUAGUCGAAGGGACCGCCAACCUCCUUCCUUACUUCGAAAUCCUCCGUAAAGACUAUCUUGACCCAGUCAUAGAGAUUUUGAAUGGUGGUCCCUUGCAAGAAAGCUCCUGUUUUUUUGGUGAUGAGUACGGACAGAAUCAGUAUUGUCUCAUAAUCUAUGGCACCAAGGGUUCUCACUUUGAAGAUGCUGUACAACUUGUAAAAUAUACCAGAAAUGUUCAUGACUUUGUAAAGUCAAUUGAUGACAUAAGGUUCAGCGGAGGUGGAGGACAAGAGGGCAGCUUACUUGCUGAAGGUUUAGGUUUUGCUUUACAGGCCUUUGAUGACAUGAAGAAUCACAGACAAAGUUCCAAUGUCAAAAGAAGUUGCAUUGUUGUUAGCAAUUCCCCUCCAUAUCCACAACCAACAAGAGAAUGUUUGAAUUAUCAAAACAAGACUGUAGAACAACUAGCUGAAUUCAUGGCAAAGGACAACAUCAACCUGUCAAUCAUAUCACCUAGGAAACUUCCAGCUCUGCAGAAGGUCUUUGAAGUGUCAAUGCGUGAUGACAGUAGAGGUGCAAUGGCCAAAGACUUCUCUAAAGAUCCACAUCACAUGGUAUGCCUUAGAGGUCUGGUGUUGCCAGGAACAGCUGGUGCUGUUACCAAAACAUCUCCUCAAGCUAAAGGUGCAGCAGGAGUUGGUCAGUCAGCUGUUAAAAAGGAAUCAGACACAACACCACCCAAACAGACAGGGUUGGGUAAUAAAGGGUCUCCUGCAGCAGUUAACAGCCCUGCUGGACAGAUGGGAAGCCCAAGACGCACAGCAACAGAUGGUUCUGCUGCAGAGCCAACUACACGUAAAACAAAGGCCCAAUCAAGGGCUCAAAAAUCACCUCAGGCAGGGUCGGCACAGGACAACCCCUAUGUUUCUAAGGUUCCUGUUCCAGUCAGCCAACCCAUGGUCAUCAAUAAGCAGAUGCCAAAUUUUCCUCCCAAUUUUAUUGCGAACGUCCCUACAAUGCCUUCUACUAUYGCAAUGACGCCUGCUGUACCAACUGCAACACCUCAGAAUUCAGGAGUUGUCACACAAAAUGAAGCCGUCAACAAAUUUCAAAACAGUAUUGGGAACAGGCCUGGAAUACAUGCACCAGAGCAAAUGCAUCAAGGGAAUAUAACAAGGGCACUGGCAUGGACUGGAACAUUGGAAUGGAGUGAAACAGUGAAAACCGACCCUAAUCAGCAGCAACAAAGGAUUACUCGCUCUCUUGCUUGUCACAUAUCUGUUGCACCUGGAUACGCAUUGAAGACUGAUAAGUGGCCAGCGAAACUAAUCAUGCAACUGAUUCCACAGCAAUUACUGUCAACUUUAGGCCAUCUCCUUCAAAACUGUAAGACAGUGGCAUUUCAUUUUCCUGCUACAGAUCCUGAGUCCCUCAGGGCUCUUUAUCGAGUAAUGGCUCUUAAUGGUGUGAAAUUCGCUGGAUGUGUGCAUUUUACACCGGUUCCUGGAUGUGAUAUCAAGGUCCUCCUCCUAAUCUACAGUCCAAAGAAGAAAGCCUUUGUAGGGCUCAUUCCUCAUGAUCAGGGAAAUUUUGUCAAUGGAAUAAGGACUGUACUGCAGAAGUAUCGACAAGACCAGAUUAAAAAGUUUCAGCUUCAACGGCAGCAAAUGAUGCAACUUCGACAGCAACAAUUGCAGCACCAGCAGCAGCAACAGUCACAGCAAUUUCCAAACGCAUUGCAACAGUUUGGCCAAUCCAACCCAGGACUUCAGCCAACCCAAGUCAGCCUACCUAACACACAGGUAGACGAACAGUCUCUCAUGUCAUCAGGGGUGAGCACCAUGCUGCAAACAGCUGUACCUUCUCAAGCUCAAUCAAUGGACGGCAUUACUCCUAGCACUCAAAMAAGCAUGGCAUUUACCACUGGAACUGUUGGCGGAACCAUGACAACGACAUUACCAACGAUGCCUCUUGAUCAAGAACAAAACAUUCAACUGCAACAAGCCCAACAACAAGCCCAACAACAAGCGCAAGCUCAACAGCAACAACAAGCUCAACAACAGGCACAACAACAACAACAGCAGCAACAGCAACAGCAACAGCAGCAGUUCCAAGUCCCUAAUCAGCAACAGCUCACCCAACCAACACAGGCGGCUGCUGCACAGGUUCCUUCACAGCUUCGCCACCUUUUACAACAUGUUCAGAACCAGACAUCGGCGCAGAGCACAGGCCAGCAACCCACCAUGACACAACAGCAGUGGCAGUUACGACAACGACAGCUUUUACAACUGCAACAACAGCGUCAGUCUCAGCAGCAACUGGCGCAAGUUGGACAAAUACCUCAGGUACAAAUGACGUCAGCUCAAAUGGUCCAGUCACAGCCACAGAUGGCACCAGGCCAAGUAACACAAGCGCAAAUGACCGCGCAGGGUCUUGCCCAAGGACAGCCUACAUUCCUGCCCGAAAACAUGAGUUUGAUGGAGUUAUUACAGUAGUGAAGUAGGAAUGAAACGUAGGUAGUACAAUUGUAGGAAAAUGUAUGUUAUUUCGCAACAGCGUUUGUGUCUUUGCGCAGGGAUCCCUGUGGUUACCAUACCUACCAUCCUUCCUCUGAAAAAAGCACAGGCAGCCCAAUCUCUUGUUCUAUGGUGUUGUAGUAUUUGAAUGUUAACGGUAAUAUUUCGUAGCAUAUAAAGUUAGUACUUUUAAGAUGAAUAACGACUUUUCUUCAUAGCUUUUUGUAUCUUUUAUCUUUUAUCUAUAUAUAUAACAGAUAUAAUUUUAUUUUACAGGUAAUAGUUAUCUUACUGUAAAGCGCAUCGAGGCUCUCAGGAUGCGCUAUAUAAAUACUAUUUCAUUAUUUUUAUUAUUAUUAUUUUGAUAAAAAUGCACCAAACUGGCUUCAAAAUCAGCAAAACAUCACAGAUACAACGAGCUUUACUACAAGCUAUGCUACGAAAUAUUACCGUUAACAUUCAAUUACUACAACGCAACAGAACAAGAGAUUAGGCUGCCUGAGAAAAAAGCUGUUUUAAGAAACUGGUCUUGGUGUAUGCAAGUAAUUUAUGCAGCUAGUGAAGUACUUGUGUAUGCAUUUAGCCCCAGCUUUAAUAUGAUGCAGCAAUAAUGAUGAAAAAGUAGUCAUGGCAGAUAUGAUAUAGGAUACAAGUAUGAUAUUUGGUUGGGAGGACCACGUGUUUUCCCAUAAAUAUAGUUUAUGUAUCAACAUGACAACCACUUUUAACCCCUGUAAAUGUGAUAGCAAACGUUUAAACUGCCUUAACAUAGGUGCCACGGCAUUGACCCUUGGGAAUGGUUACAAACUACCGAAAUAGUUACAGGAUCAUCCAACAUGGCCACCGCUUUUACCCCUGCAAAUGUGAUUUCAACCGCUUAAACUACUACAAGCGACCGUUAGAAUAGAUGCCACUGCAUUAACCCUUGGGAAUGGUUACAAACUACCGAUAUAGUUACAGGAUCAUCCAACAUGGUCAUCCAUUACGGCCACCACUUUUACCCCUGUAAAUGUGAUAGCAAUCGCUUAAACUACUUCAAGCGACCGUUACUUAGAAUAUAUGCCACGGCAUUAAUCCUUUGGAAUGGUGACAAACUACCGAUAGUGAACAUCAUCCAUGUUGGACUGAUCAAAGUGUUGUAGGCUAGUAUAUAUCUAAUUUACAAAACCAGUAAUCGCAGCCUGCCACUUUUUUUAUUCUUACAACAAUAAUUUAAAAACACGUUUAAAACAUUGGAUAUAAAAAAUAUCUAGGCAUAGUAUCGUCCAGUAUAUUUAGCGAAGGCGACUUUAGUCUCUUAUGACAUAUAAAACUUUAACCAUAAUGAAUAAAUAUAAAUCUUUUACAAUAGCGGAUAUGUAGGCGAUAUGAAAUAAGUCAUUUCAAUAUCCAAGAAUAUCUAAUGAUAUUAAUUAUAAAAUAAAUGUUAAAAAUCUUGCRUUCUGAUUGGUUGGGAGCGCGUGCUUUAUGAGAGAGCACGCACGUACGCACACAUUUUUAAUGAGGAUACCAUCAUCACAAUCAGGGGUUUACAGAAGGUUCCUAAAAUGACGACGACGAUGAUGUUGGUGAUGAUGAUGUUGAUGAUGAUGUUGGUGAUGAUGAUGAUGACGAUGRUGKUGRUGAUGUCGAUGACCACAUAAUCUACUACCAGACUCCCUUGCACACUUUUAAUAACACUUCUCAUAAGGGAAAACAAAUUUAAAUACGAAAGAAAAUUCAGGAAGCAUUAUGGUAGAAGGAGUAUAAUGACGUCAAUAUGCAAACGUCCUAUUUGGUAAGUGUAUAGUAUUUAUACUUUAUUUAGAUGUAAAGUAAUAUCGUAAAAAUUCCAACUACCUCGAGGACAAAAUUUAAUAAAAUUUAAUAGAUAAAA